GCUAUUGGGCGGCACCCAGGAGGCGCAGGGGUGAGGUGCGGGCGCGCGAGCGGGAGUUCCGGCCGGAGGCCCGAGCUGAGGGCCGGCGCCUUCAUCAUGGCCUCGACCCAGCUGGACUACACCAUCGAGAUCCCGGAUCAGCCCUGCCGGAGCCAGGCCCCAACCAAGGCAGGAAGGAAGCGGGGACUCGACAGCCUUUGGUGAUUCUUUUGGGCUGGGGUGGCUGCAGUGACAAGAACCUGGCCAAGUACAGCGCCAUCUACCACAAAAGGGGCUGCAUCGUGAUCCGAUACACAGCCCCCUGGCACAUGGUCUUCUUCUCCGAGUCCCUGGGCAUCCCUUCGCUUCGUGUCUUGGCCCAGAAGCUGCUUGAGCUGCUCUUUGAUUACGAGGUUGAGAAGGAGCCCCUGCUCUUCCAUGUCUUCAGCAACGCUGGCGUCAUGCUGUACCGAUACGUGCUGGAGCUCCUGCAGACCCACCGGCGCUUCUGCCACCUGCGUGUGGUGGGUACCAUCUUCGAUAGCGGUCCUGGUGACAGCAACCUCCUGGGGGCUCUGCGGGCACUGGCAGUGGUCCUGGAGCACCGGCCUGCCGCGCUGCGCCUGCUGCUCCUGAUGGCCUUCACCUUGGUGGCAGUCCUGUUCCACGUCCUGCUGGCGCCACUCACCUCCCUCUUCCACACCCACUUCUAUGACAGGCUGCUCGAUGCAGCCUCUCGCUGGCCUGAGCUCUACCUCUACUCCAGGGCCGACGAGGUGGUCCUGGCCAGGGAUGUGGAGCGCAUGGUGGAGGCACGCCUGGCGCACCGGGUCCUGGUGCGCUCCGUGGACUUCGUGUCAUCCGCACAUGUCAGCCAUCUCCGCGACUACCCUACUUACUACACGAGCCUCUGUGUCAACUUCAUGCGCAGCUGUGUCCAGUGCUGAGGUCCUUGUGCUACCCACCUCACCUCUGCUCCAGAAAUAAAUGCCUGACACCUCUCCACAACCUACACUCAUGGGUGGGGUCUUCUUCUGGUUCAACCCCCUGCAGCCCUCUGGGACUUUAUGGUUCUCCAGGUAGAGCAUUCCCAUGGGCCUCUGUCCUGGGCGACUGUGGUGGUCUGCUUAUCCCAGGGUCCUAGGAGCAGGAGAGUCUGCGCAGGUCUCUGCGGGAGCCUUGCAGAGGAUGUGAUUGGAGAAGUGCAACAGUCAGGCUGCUGAUUCCUGUGGCGUUUAGGCUAUGAAGGGUUAAUAAAGCUGGGGGUGGGAGCCGAGGUGAGGCUGAGCCUCAGGAUUGCUCUCUGAUUCCUUGAAUAGAAGAUGAGCUUUGCCGGGAGGUGCCAGAGGGUAGGGGCAGGCUGAGGCAGGGGCCGUGAUCUAUGCUCCCAGGUCCUGGAAGGGCAGAGCCUCAUAGUGUGGCGUGCCGUCCCUGUGGAACCACUUGGCAGUUCACUCAGGCUUCUCAUUGCCAGGGAGUCUGAGGUGGAAGCCAAAUGUGGAGCUGAGGAUGCACAGGUGGGGGAGCCUGUGCAGGUCCACCGCUCUGCCAGGAAGCCACUGGAGCCAGGGAAGCUGCAAGAAGUGUGUGUAAUGGGCAGAUGGAGUGGGGAGCAGGAAGACAGCAGCGCCAGACAGGAGCUGGGACAAGCUGAGUCAGGAGCCCUAAAGACCAGAACCAGAACCAUUGGCCUGAAACAAACUCCUUCGUCUCCUUGAGGGAGACCCACUUGGAUCCUCUGUAGGCAGGAGCAGUGUCUUCAACCUUAGAGUCCUCUAUCCUCUAUCAUUCUACAAGUCACUGCUGCACAAUGCUGGCACAUAGUAGGCAUUCAAUAAAUAUUUGUUGA